GAAACAGAAGAUGUGCAUUGCACUCUCUGGCUUGGUCAUAAUACACCCGUCAUUUCCUCCUCCCAAUUGUGUAAUCUGCUUUAUCUUAGUGAGCUUAGUGAGCUUGGUGAGGCUGGAUGCAAAGAAAAGAGUAAAACAAGGGAGGGGUGAAAAAUGAGAAUUAUUCAGCAGGCUGAGUACAAAAGACCUUAGGCGUGGUUUUUGAUUCUUUUGUUAUGCACUCUGAGGGUCUCGCAAUAGGCAGGAAAAAGCAGCCAUACGGGUGGAGUAGGCUUUGUGACUGUCUGUAGCUCAACCUAAUCAGGUUUGAGGUGACUAGAGGAACACUCCCAAACAUGGCAACUCUCAGCAGUAACAGUGAGGAGAAUCUGAAGGAGAUUCUGCACAACACAGACGUAAAGGGGGAGCUGAGGGAUCCUUCCAGCGAGACAUCUGACAUGCUGCCCCCACAAGAUGUGUUAUGCGACUCCUGCAUGGACAACCCCAGCAAGGCCCUAAAGUCCUGCUUGACCUGCCUGGUUUCUUACUGCGAGGCCCAUCUCAGACCACACCUGGAGAGCGCCAAAUUCCAAAGCCACCGUUUGGUGGAUCCCCUCCAUGACAUCGACUGCCGGACCUGUGAAGUUCAUCAACUUCCUCUCAAACGCUUCUGUCUGAAAGACGGCUGCUGCAUGUGUCUGGACUGUGAGAAUCAGGAGCAUGAAGGGCACACAACUGCAUCUGUGGAGGAGGCACGCACACAGAUUGAGGCAGAGCUGCAGAAGAAGCAAGAAGAGAUCACUCAGAGUGCAUCGGCAGCAGAGAAAGAAAUUGGAAAGCUACAGAGCAACAGUGACUUAAUUAAGUCAUCAGUGCAGGAGGUUUGUGUCACUGUCGAACAGCAGUUUGCCAGGCUGCAGACAUCCGUAGAGGAGGCCAGAAAAGGGGCAGAAGAGGUGCUGGAAGGGGAGCAGAGACAGGCCCUCAGACAGGCCGAAAGCAUCCAGGCACAUCUGGAGCAGAGGAGAACAGAGAUGAUGAAAACUUUGGCUCAAAUGAACAAGCUGUCCAGGACCAAGUCUGAUGUUGACUUCCUGCAGGAAUAUUCAGAGUGGAAGAAAGGAGUGGAAGAUAUUUGUCAGCCUACUGCGUACGUCAGCCACAUUGACCAUCUAACCUCUUAUGCCCAAGUCGUGACUGAUACCACACAGGAGCUGUGUGACCUGAUUCUCUCCACCUACAGGGAACAAAUAAAUUUGAUUUGGAGAAGUGGUACUAAAUCCCAGAUGCCAAAAUCUCCUUCAACCCUGCCUGAACCUGAGACGAGUGAGGACUUUUUGAAAUACACAAGGAGUUUGACCUUUGACCCAGACACCAUCCAUCAUUUCCUCCGUGUGAUGGAGGACAACAGAAAGCUGACCAACACCAGCCCCUGGCAACACAGCUACCCAGACCACCCUAGUCGCUUCGGAUACUGGCGUCAGGCAAUGACUUUGGAAAGCCUUUACCAGGGGAGGCACUACAUUGAAGUUGAACUGAGUGGGGAAGGUGCACAUGUAGGAAUCACGUAUAAGAGUAUUGACCGUAAGGGAGAUCAGAGCACCAGCUGCAUCACCGGGAACAACUUUUCCUGGUGCGUGGGGAGCAACAGCCAAGGUUUCUUUGCCUGGCAUGCUGGUGUGGAGAUGCCCUUGGAAGUCACUGAUAUCACAAGAGUUGGUUUAUUUAUUGACUUUCACAGGGGCUCGGUGUCUUUCUAUGAUGUAACUAGUGCUAUGAAGUUGCUCCACGAGUACAUGGCUGAUUUCAUUGAGCCCUUAUAUGUUACAGCCUGGCUGUCAAAGAAAGACAGUACAGUUCAUCUUGUUGAUGCAAUGUGACGGUUUUAUUAAUAAAUCAUCAUAAUCCUUCACUGUGAGCUUGUAAAAGAAAAAAAUGUGCAUUUUAAAUGUUUAUUGAGGUUACAUAACAAGGUGCAUGAAGGCAUGGCACAUAUGCAGGAUUUUUUCACAUACAUGUCAUUGAGGGUUAAAUUUACU